AUGGGGUCUGCAGGCAGCCUGGGGGUUGCUCUCUUCUGCUGGGCACUGGCUGAAGCAGUGUCUUACCGUCCCUGGGGCUUCCCUCAAAGGGAAUCCGGGGCUCUGAGGAUCCGAGGGGAUUCCUCUUGGAGCUGGCCCCAUGUUCCUUCCUUCUCCCAGCCUUGGGCAUGGGUGGAUGUGUCCCAGCUGCAGGCUGCAGCCCCACUGCACCCUGUGGCUGUGCAGUGCCAGGAGGCUCAGGUGAUGGUCACGGUGCACAGAGACCUCUUUGGCACAGGGCGCCUGGUCAGGGCUGUGGAGCUGAGCCUGGGCUCAGCUGGGUGCCGACCGGGGGCCCAGAGUGAUGCUGAGGGCACUGUGACCUUCGUGGCUGGGCUGCACGAGUGCGGCAGCACCCUGCAGAUGACCCCAGAUUCCUUCAUCUACAAAAUGAACUUGUCCUACAAACCUAUUCCUUCUGGCAAUCUGGUCAUUGUAAGGACCAAUCCGGCUGUGGUUCCUAUUGAGUGCCACUAUCCCAGGAAGAGCAACGUGAGCAGCAGUGCUGUCUGGCCCACGUGGGCUCCCUUCCACUCCACAGUGUCAGCAGAGGAGAAGCUGAUGUUCUCCCUGCGCCUCAUGAACGAUGACUGGAGCUCUGAAAGACAAUCCAAUGGUUUCCAGCUGGGGGAGAGCCUGCACCUCCAGGCGGAUGUGGCUGCUGGGAACCACAUACCUCUGAGGCUAUUUGUGGAUGACUGUGUUGCUACUCUGAGUCCAGACAGGAACUCCUCACCUCGAUACGCCUUGGUUGACCUCAGCGGGUGCUUGGUGGAUGGGAGAUUGGAUGACACCACCUCAGCCUUCAUCUCUCCAAGGCCAAGGCAGGAAACGCUGCAGUUCACAGUUGAUGCGUUCAGGUUUGCGGGAGAUGAAAGGAGCUUGAUCUACAUCACCUGCCACUUGAAGGUCUCCCCAGUUGACCAAGCCCCAAAUCCAUCAAACAAGGCCUGUUCCUUCAACAAAGCCAGCAGCCUGUGGGCUCCUGUGGAGGGUACUGGAGACAUCUGUAGCUGCUGUGAGACCGGCAACUGCCCAUUGUAUGGAGGAUACUCCCGGAGACCUAACCCUGCGGCCAGGUGGCCAGGGAGGCGCUUGAGGAGAGACCUCUCCUCCAAGCAAGGUGGGUCCUUGGCAGAGGCUGAUGUCUCAGUUGGACCACUGUUAAUCCUUGAUUCAGCUCGGGGAUUAUGGAGUUCCUCAGGAGGUCUUGCGCCAGCAGGGAAGGCACAUGGUCCUGCUGAAGGCCUUUCCAUGCUGGUCCAAGUUGCUGUGCUCAUAGCAGCCACUGUGCUGUGCUUAACUGCUCUGGGACUGUUUCUUGUGUGCAGGAAAUGUAGCUGCCCUCCUGGGGUGCCACUGUAA